AUGAUUGAAGUGGAUUCGCCGUUCAAAGGCGCUUUGUUCCUGCGCGGGUCUGCCGAUAAGAAAUCUUGUAAAGCGGAUUUCUCGAAAAACCCGGCUGGCAAGAAUAUCAGUUUUGAAUUUGGCUUCGAAGAUUGUCCAAGCAGACGGAAACGACAGGUAAACUAAAUUCUCAAGUUUUUCCUAUCUAAAAAAUAAGUAGAUUGUCCAACCGCGAGGAAUGACAAUGAGUUCAGUGCUAGUUGUCAGUUACCACGGAUCAAUCAUAACUCACAAAGAUGUUGCAUAUCAGAUUGAUUGUUUCUACCGAGAAGAGCACAGUAAAGUACAAACUUUGCUCAAUGUAACGUAAGUGAAUCCUAGCAUUUACAAGUUUCUAAUCAAAUUCCUUCAGAGCCCCAAAACCUCUCGUCCUUUCUGAUCAGCCAACUUUACCAAUCUGCGACUAUAAAGUUGAGGUCGCUUCGGGAUCAACUAAAGAUGGUGUAGUUACAAGUUCCCUAUCCGGAAACUCCCCUGUAGUAACAGUCGGUGAAUCUGUUGUUCAUGUUUGGACGUGCUCAGGCGAUGCACCAAACGAUGUUUAUUGUAUGCAAGUUCAUAGUUGUAUGGCUGAUGAUGGUGAUUUGGACAAAAUCGAAGUUGUCGAUUCGAAUGGUUGUACCAGUGACGGUGAACUUCUAUCAGCAAUCCAUUAUAAUGGUAAAUCCAUGCGCGCGGCUGCCACGUCACAAGCUUUCAAGUUUGCUGACAAACAUUUGGUUUAUUUCAAAUGUUCGAUUCGUUUGAGUGUGAAAGGACCAAAUGAGAGUUGUCCCGUGAGUUUUUACCGUGCUAAAAUCAACUAAUUCAAAAAAUUCCAGAUCAAUAAUUGUGUCCCGAAUCUUGUGCGUAACACAAGAUCCACCAACGAUCAACCACUAUUCAUUUUCAAUCGUCACGGUGGUUUGGAAGAUAGUGCAAGUCAGCAAUAUGACGUGGUUGUGACGUCACCGGAAUUGCUGGUCGAGCCAGCCGGUUUGAAAAAUCACAUCAUGUCGACAUAUCGACCGCCGGAAGCGUUGAAAAAAUCGGGAGCUUCGAAAUUUUCAGCACUGAUUUUUCUCUCUUUAAUUUUCCUGUUGUAA